AUGGACCAAACCAGACACCUUUUUCGCUUCAAUGCGGAGCUGCUUCGCCUUCCAAAGUCGAAAAAAUUACGCACAAUUGGUAUCUACACCGCCGGCGCCCUCUUUGCCGUCGGAUUUUGGUCCAUGUUAGACGCAGCAGUGUAUUCUAAAACCGUCAAUGCAAGUGUGGUCCACGUCACGUUUGUCGACUGGAUUCCAUUCAUCUGCUCCACUUUAGGUAUGCUCAUCGUCAAUUCCAUUGAGAAGUCCAAUUUGCUCAGCGAUGGCCAGAACUCAUUCUUGGGGGACGGUCAGGGAAACGCCUGGGCGGCCCGGGUCAUUUUGUUCUUCGGUUUUUCUCUCUUGGCGGGAGGUCUUGCAGGAUCUUUCAUGGUUUUCAUUUUGAAGUUUUUGAUGCACGAUUACGGAUUCCCAACCUUGGGAAUGGGUGUCUCCAACAUAGUCUGCAAUGGGUGCAUCAUGUUGAGUUGCAUUAUUUUGUGGUUGGCUCAAAACAUUGAGGAUGAGUACAGCUACAGCUUGGCGUUGAAUUGA